UUCCGGUGAAACUAAACGCAGUUUACGCAGGGGAGAAGUGGACCAUAUGAAAGUAAGUGCGAGGUGCCUAGGUAUCUAAAUAAAAUAAUAUAAAAUGCAAGCAGCUUAGCUCGCAGUUCAUUAAUAAAUGCAACUGCAUACAGUCCAGAAAACGAUCUCAAAUUUACGUAUUUAGGGGGUGAUUUUGAUGGUGGUUUGUUUACUUUAACAUCUAUUAUAUAGCUAAAAACUCCAGUUAAACCUGUUGAAUUAUGGAGCCAAUUGUUAUUACAAAUCCGUAGUAAAUUAAUAGUUCCAUUCAGCUCUGGAUCGGAUACCAUGAACCAGGCUCAUCUUGUCAGUACCUAAACUAAAAAAAAACUGCCGAGCCUUCAGCCCCAUAACCUUGGAAGAAACCAGGUGCUCUGUACUGAUUUUAAAGUACAGUACCGACAUAUGCUUCCUAUGGCUUGACACUCGCUUUCUCUUCCACUAAACGCAGCUUCACGUUUCGGGGGAUUGAGGGACCUGGUGGCUAAUACGGCAUUAUGGGAGGAAGACUUAUGUGGGUCUCAGUAAAGAGAAACAGAUCGGAAAAGCCUGGAUAGCAAGCAAGGACCUCAUAGGUUGUGCGUGAAAUUAAUUUUAUUCACGUUUUGCAUUACUUUAAAUGUGUGUAUGCAUAUAAGCAUAUAUACUUUCUAAGGCGCCCCGCCCCUCACGCGUGCCCCUCUUAUCCUACAUUAAUGAAGUAUAAGUAAUAUUCCGAUGAUUCGGGGAAAUCAUUAUAUUAGGCUUACCUUGAACAUAUUUUUUCCGAGCGUUGUAACUCAACAUGAAAGGUGAAAAUCUGUGCAGCAGGGACGUGCAGCCGGUAGGUGGGGUGGGGGUGUCUCAGUACCUGCCCCCUUUCCCCGAACGAUUGAAACUGCUCCUUUUCGAUCCGCAAAAUGUAACGAGGGUCCUCCCGCCCAAUCUGCAAAUUAUACCGAUAGCAGACAUAAUGAUUUUUCAAUGCUACUUAAAUAUGUAAAGCAGUUUGGUAAUAUUUGCUUUAUUCCUAAGAUAUUCUGACUGUGACACACAAUAUGCAAAGGUUUGGAAAGUCUGCUCAUAAAGAUCAGUACCUAUGGUGAACUGUCUGCCUUGUACCUUGUACUUUGUACUAUCUGGUAAGCUAUAGACAUCAGGCCCACAAAAACCCUGUACUUAUUUACAGAAAAAGGAUGGAUAUGUAGUAACCAGUGGGCCUAUCCAAUUGGUUGGGCAAAGCAAAUGUCUAGGUGUUUUUCUCCUUCCUAUCUACUCACAAAUGAAAAUUUUAGCAAAAUUAUAAUAUGAUACUAUUUUGGAAGAACAGUAACCAUAUUUAAAAGAGUUAUGCACCUCCUCCCCGUUGUCCCAGAGAGCUCUACCAGAAACUUUAGACAACUGCAAGUAACUUUAGCUGACAGAGAAAUAGGAUGUUUCUGGUGGGGCUGACGGGCGGAAUAGCUUCGGGGAAGAGCACGGUGUCCUCGACACUGCGCGACCUUGGCUGUCCCAUCAUCGACGCCGACGUGGUGGCACGACAAGUGGUGCAGCCCAACAGCCCGGCCUACCGUAGUAUUGUGCUGCAUUUCGGCCCAGAGAUCUUGCUCCCCAACGGUGAGAUCGACCGGCAGAAGCUGGCCCAGAUCGUCUUCUCUAACAUAGAGAAGCGACGCAUCCUCAACUCCAUCACACACCCAGAGAUCCACAAGGCCAUGCUGAAGCGCAUUUUGUUCUUCUUCUUCAGAGGGUACCGCUAUGUGGUCCUGGACGUGCCACUGCUGUUCGAGACUCGCCGACUCACGCGCUUCCUUAACCACACGGUCGUGGUGUACUGCGACCCUGCCACUCAGCUGUCACGCCUCAUGCAUAGGGACAGCCUGAACCAGGAGGAGGCACAGCAGCGAAUCGCAGCCCAGAUGCCCCUGAAUGAGAAGCGCGGACUGGCUAACCACGUCAUCGAGAACUCAGGCAGUCGUGAGGACACCCAUAGACAGGUCCUCAAAUUGCACACCAAACUAGAGGACUCUAUGGAAUUCCUAGUGGUGAGGGGCCUAGCUAUUGCUAUUGCAGUUGGGCUGGGCGGCUUACUUCUGUAUACCAUGAAGCUACUGAUAUCAUAGCAUGAAGUCAUUGUGACAACAAUUGCUUCUUCACAUUGCAGUACAGUGGAGUUUCUUAAUUGUGCAAAAUGCACUGAAAUGCACCUUUUAAUAUAGUUUGUAAUAAAUGUAACUGUUAGAUUUUCUAUUUUUUGAUGGACUCUUUUUAAUCAUUGUUUUAACACUAUAUGGGAAGAUAACUUGUCAGAUGCUGAUAACUGACAAAUUGUCAAAACCUACUGUUUAUUGUUUCACUUUCUCAAGUUAUUUAAUGAUUUGGGCUGUGCUUCACAAAUGUAAAUAUAUUAUAUGAGUUGUUUGGUAUCUUAUAUAAGCUACUGAAUUUACAAGGAUAUAUAUGUAUGUACAAUAUUUCUUUCGUUGCUGGUGAAACCCUACAACAGCACACUGAAAGUCUAUCUCCAAUUUUGUGUUUGGGAGCAAAACAAAUAUUCACCACUAGAUGGGAGUAUCACAAACCUUUAUUUCUUUGCAUGUGGUUGGAAAACUGCAGUUGACUAGAAUAAAAGAGAAUAAGUUGUUUAAUAAAAUAAUAUCGUAUUUGGA